AUUGUAGACUUGUACCGUAGCUAAGGGGAACAUGAAAGGAGAAAAAGACUAUUGCAAAAUCUGAAGAGGAACGAAUUCAUGGCGUACGUCGCUUCUUGUUCUUCCCUCGACCAUCUGUCCCCGCGACUUCUUCGCUCUUCAUCCAACAAGAAAGGCCAUCAAGCAGGAAGAAGAUCUUGUUUGCAGUGUUGCUUAGGCAAUGGGCAACUUCAGGCACCUUCCAGUUUGCUCACGCAAGAGCAGUGUGGAGCUAAGAGGAGAGAGAUUGUGUUGCAGCUGGGUUUUGCUGCACUUUCGCUUCAGGGUCUUGCUUCAGAUGCAUUGGCUGAGACUGGUGGAAAAGAGGAUUUGCAAGUUUAUGUGGAUGAUGUGAACAAGUUCAAGAUAUCGAUUCCUCAAGAUUGGCUGGUGGGUAAAGGUGAGCCUAAUGGAUUCAAAUCUGUUACUGCUUUCUAUCCCAAAGAAGAUUCAACCUCAAACAUCAGUGUAGCUAUCACUGGCAUCGGCCCGGACUUCACAAAAAUGGGAUCUUUUGGCAAAGUCGACGCUUUUGCCGAGAGUCUGGUAAACGGUUUAGACAGAAGCUGGCAGAGGCCUCCUGGUGUUGCAGCUAAACUCAUCGAUUGCCAAGAUGCCAAUGGAUUCUAUUACAUUGAGUAUUCGCUUCAAAAUCCCGGGGAGAGUCAGAGACAUAUAUAUUCGGCAAUCGGGAUGGCAUUCAAUGGUUGGUACAACAGGCUGUAUACAGUGACUGGACAGUUUGUGGAAGACAAGUCCGAAGCGUACAGAUCAAAGAUAGAACAGGCAGUCAAUUCCUUCAAAUUUACUUGAAAUUGAAGGAAGAUGAAAGCGGGAACAGUUUGUGCUCAAAGAGCCGCAGUUGAUUUUGGAUUGUAACGCCAUCAAAUGUAUUGCACACUCCUAACCAUUUUAAAUCCACUGGAUCCACCAAUGGCAUAAUCAGACCCCGUUUCACCCC